AUGGAUGAUGUUGCUGGUUUGCAAGAGGCAGCUGGAACCAGAUUUAGCCAGUUUGAGUUAAUCGGGAGAGGAUCGUUUGGUGAUGUCUACAAAGCGUUUGAUACGGAACUUAACAAAACGGUUGCCAUUAAAGUUAUCGAUCUGGAAGAAUCAGAAGACGAGAUUGAGGAUAUACAGAAGGAAAUUUCAGUAUUAUCACAAUGCCGCUGCCCAUAUAUUACCGAAUACUAUGGUUCUUACCUUCACCAGACCAAGUUAUGGAUCAUCAUGGAGUAUAUGGCUGGUGGCUCAGUUGCUGACCUUCUUCAACCAGGUCAUCCGUUGGAUGAAAUUUCGAUUGCUUCUAUUACCCGCGAUCUACUUCAUGCUGUUGAAUAUCUCCACACUGAGGGAAAGAUCCACAGAGAUAUCAAAGCCGCUAAUAUAUUGUUGACUGAGAAUGGUGAUGUUAAGGUUGCGGACUUUGGUGUGUCUGCUCAAUUAACCCGGACAAUAUCAAGGAGGAAGACAUUUGUAGGAACGCCAUUUUGGAUGGCACCAGAAGUUAUUCAGAACUCUGAAGGGUAUAAUGAGAAGGCAGACAUAUGGUCUCUCGGAAUAACAAUGAUUGAGAUGGCAAAAGGAGAACCUCCCCUUGCUGACCUUCAUCCUAUGAGAGUGCUGUUUAUCAUUCCCCGGGAAAGCCCUCCUCAGUUAGAUGAGCAUUUUUCACGUCCUUUGAAGGAAUUUGUUUCGUUUUGCUUGAAAAAGGCUCCUGCUGAGAGACCAAGUGCGAAAGAACUUCUCAAACAUAGAUUUAUAAAGAAUGCUAGGAAAAGCCCGAAACUUCUUGAAAAAAUAAGGGAGCGGCCAAAAUAUCAAGUGAAGGAGGAUGAAGAUAUUACACCGAAUGGUCCAAAAUCUCCGGUUGAAUCUUCUGGUACUGUUAGAGUGAUUAGAGAUGAGAGAGGCCAAGGAACUUCUGGAACUAGUUUUCAGGGGAAAACUGUCAAAAAUGCCGGGUGGGACUUUAGCAUCGGCGGUUCUCAGGGUGCUGGAACUGUUCGUGCUUUGAAACCUCCACAAGCUAGGGAAAGGCGCCAAGAAGUUAAAACAUCACGAGCCAGUGGUGGUCAGUUGUCUUCCUCUUCUGGUUCUGCAGUCCCCGAAAUCUCUGAAGGAACUUUUAAAAGAGAUUCUUAUCAGCACGACUUUGAAGAAGAAGAUGACCUCAGUGGUUCCGGAACUGUUGUCAUAAGAUCUCCGAGAAGCUCUCAGUCAUCAUCAAUCUUCCGUGAUCCAAGCUCUGGGUCUACCAGCAGGUAUACAUCUUUUGAUGAUGCUUCUACAAGUGGAACUGUUGUUGUCCGUGGGCAGAAUGAUGAUUCUGGAUCACCUCGAACCCCAAAAUCUAGACUAGGGCUUCAAGAAAGAAGUUCCAGUGCCUCAGAAGAUAGCUUAGCAAAUCUUGCAGAGGCAAAGGUAGCACUUGAAGCCGGUUUCAGAAGAGCGAACGCGAGGGAAAGACUUGGUAAUGGUAAGGUUAACAAAAGAAGGGAACAAGCGACAGAGAAUUCUGAUUACUCGAGAAAUUCCCGCGAUCAUUCUGAUAAACAAAAACCACUAGUAAGAUCACAACAAGUGAGUGAUGAUGAUGAAGAUGACUCCAACUUGGCAUCAUUGUCUGCAUCGUUGUCACUAUUGCUCUUACCGUCCCUAAAAGAGGCUCUUGGGGGUGACGACUCAAAAGGAUCUGUUGGACAUAGAGUAUCUAGAUCCUUAGUGAAGAUGGAACGCGAAAAGCCUGGUUCUUGUGAAGCUUUUGUUGCCAAACUGAUUGAACAGUUGGGAAGUACAAAGGAAGUGUCGGUGAAAGAAGUGCAAGACAUGGCGAUGCGUGUGUUCGGUAAGACAAUGAACAAUGAUGCAGAAAACAAAAGCAAGCAAGCAAGCAAAGAGUUUACUUCCAAUACCAACGUUAGCCCACUUGGAAGAUUCUUAUUCUCAAGAUGGCUAGGGCAAACGUCGCGUGAUCUUAACCCAAGUUGA